UGAUACUUGAUUCAAAUUUCAAUCCGCAUCAACACGAUGUAAUUCAUAAAACCGAAUAAUAUGGAUAUGAAAUUGAUCCGGUUAGCCGAAUGCCCGAAUCAACACUAAAAUUACGUACUUCAUCAUACCAUUGAACUCUUACGUUUUUCUUUCUAUGUCUAAUUCUCGCUCCACUUUCCCGGCGACUUAAAAUUUCUGAUGGUCGCUAUCGCCGAAUUAUCAGGCGACAUCAAGUGGUAGUCUCUCCAGCAUGUGAUGUUGUUUAGCCGCAAAGUUUGAUUUGUGAUUGGUGGAUAUUAGAGCUUCUGGAAAAGUUUCUGAUUAUUGGGGCUAAGAAUUUGAGCUCUGUUGAUUUGAAUAAAUGGCUGCUCCUGUAACUCCAGGGGCACCUAGACCCAACAACUCGCACUCAGCAACAUCACCCCCGAAUUAUGCACCAAAUAUGAAUACGGUUUCUGAUUCAUCAUUAUUGCAAAAUUUCCAGAGCUUCCACAUCAAUCAGGAUCCAAAUGCCCGACCUGUUAGGCGUCCGCCUUUUGCCCAGGCCACUAAUUUCCCUCCAUCUGCUGCUGGGCAACCCUCUUCUUUUCCUGGGCCUUCACCUGUUCCCAGGCCUGGCUCUUCACCAUCAGGUGUAGCGCCUAUGGCCACAUCAGUUUCAUCAGGACCAAAGGCCCCACCUAAUAUGGUACCUAGUAGAGCCUUUGGUGGUCCUUCCCUGGGUGCGCAACCUCAAUCCUCUGCUUUCAGACCUUCUUCCCAAGGGCCUUUUGCGGCAGGUGGUAUGGCUCCACCUAGUAUGGUACCUGGUCGACCCUUUGGUGGUCCUCCCCUGGAUAUGCAACAUCAGCCCUUUGCAUCUAGACCUCCUUCUCAACUUAACACUCUUCCCAGAGCAUCUACGUUUGGUCCUCCCAGAUCUCAAAUUGUGGCUCCUUCUAUGGCGCAUCUCAGUGCCUUUGGGUCGCCCCCAAGUGCUACUGGUCAUGUUGCUCCACUGACUGCUACUCGAGGCCUUGUUAACAACGGAACUCCUAUGAUUUCGACUGGGGCAGUAUUGACUGGGUCUCAAUUUCCAGCUUCAGGAGGCCUUCAACAGCCCCCAGUUGGGCCCCCUCCAUCACCCUUUACAGGUGCAUCACCUCCUUCAGGAUCUCCAUUUGGUGUGCAGCCUCCUCCUCUUCACCAGGUGACUCCCUCGAUGCCUGGUUCUGUGCAACCACCUAGGAUGUAUGGUAUGCCACCACCAGGAACAACUCAAACCAUGGCUGCAAUGUCUGCUAUUAGUCAGACUGGGCCAUCAAAGAUUGAUCCUAAUCAAAUUCCGCGUCCCCUUCCAAAUUCAUCUGUUGUCGUGCAUGAAACACGGGUUGGAAAUCAGGCCACUUUUCCUCCGCCUGCUACAACUGAGUACGUUGUCAAGGACACUGGAAAUUGUAGCCCUCGCUACAUGAGGUGUACCAUUAAUCAGAUACCUUGUACUUCUGAUCUUCUUGGAACUUCAGGGAUGCAAUUAGCUUUAUUAGUUCAACCAUUAGCACUUCCACAUCCAUCCGAAGAGGUUAUCCAGGUAGUUGAUUUUGGUGAAGGUGGUCCAGUGCGAUGUUCACGAUGCAAAGCCUAUAUAAAUCCAUUUGUAAAAUUUAUCGAUCAGGGAAGAAAAUUCAUAUGUAAUUUUUGUGGUUUUACUGAUGAAACUCCUCGUGAUUAUCAAUGCAAUUUAGGGCCUGAUGGCCGGCGUAGAGAUGCAAAUGAAAGGCCUGAGUUGUGUAGAGGAACUGUCGAGUUUAUUGCUUCUAAAGAUUAUAUGGUACGUAAUCCAAUGCCUGCAGUCUUUUUCUUCCUUAUUGAUGUAUCCAUGAAUGCAUUACAAACUGGUGCAACUGCAGCAGCUUGCAGUGCUAUCAAUCAAGUUAUUGUUGACCUACCAGAUGGUCCGAGAACUAUGGUGGGAAUUGCAACAUUUAAUUCCACAAUACAUUUUUACAACCUGAAGCGUGCGUCACAGCAGCCAUUAAUGCUCAUAGUUCCUGAUGUACAAGAUGUUUAUACACCUCUUGAAACUGAUGUGAUAGUUCCGCUUUCAGAGUGCCGUCAGCAUGUGGGGUUAUUGUUGGAAAGCAUUCCAACCAUGUUUGAGACUAAUAAAAUGGCAGAUUCAGCUCUUGGUGCAGCAAUGAAGGCUGCAUUUUUGGCAAUGAAGAGUACUGGUGGAAAACUUUUGGUUUUUCAGUCAGUGUUACCAUCAGUUGGCAUUGGUGCACUUUCUGCUAGGGUGGCAGAAGGUGGAUCUAAUACUUAUGUUCAGAAGGAAGCCCAAAGAUUGCUCCAGCCUGCUGAUAAGACAUUCAAAGAAUUUGCUAUUGAAUUUGCUGAGUUCCAGGUUUGUGUGGAUUUUUUCAUCACCACCCAAUCAUAUGUAGACAUUGCUUCCAUCUCUGUUGUUUCAAGGAUUACUGGAGGACAGGUGUAUUACUACCAUCCCUUCUCAGCUGUCUCUGAUACAGCCAAGCUUUAUAAUGAUCUUAGAUGGAAUGUGACUAGACCACAAGGUUUUGAAGCAGUUAUGCGUGUAAGGUGCAGCCAGGGUAUACAAGUUCAAGAGUACUCAGGAAAUUUCUGCAAACGUAUUCCAACUGAUGUGGAUCUUCCGGCGAUUGACUGUGACAAGGCUCUCAUGGUAUCUCUUAAACAUGAUGAUAAACUACAAGAUGGCGCAGAAUGUGCUUUCCAGUGUGCACUUCUCUAUACCACUGUUUAUGGGCAACGAAGAAUUCGUGUUAGCACCCUUUCUCUUCAAUGCACAAGCAUUUUGAGUACCCUGUUUCGCUCAGCUGACUUAGAUACGCAAUUUGCAUGUUUCAUGAAGCAAGCUGCUGUUGGAGUUCCGACCACUCCACUCUUACAAAUCAGGGAGCAGGUGACAAAUCAUUGUGUCAACAUUCUGCAUUCUUAUAGAAAGUUCUGCUCAAAUUUAUCUGCAUCAUCAGCUGGCCAGCUUAUUCUUCCAGAGGCACUCAAGCUUUUGCCUCUGUAUACUUUAGCAUUAAUCAAAAGCACUGGGUUGCGGAAUGAUGGGCGUGUAGACGAUCGCUCCUUCUGGUUAAACUAUGCCUCUCCCGUGUCUACUCCAUUGGCAGUCCCACUGGUGUAUCCUAGGAUGUUCUCUGUCCAUGAUCUUGUAUCCAGGGAGUCAGACAGUUCCAUAAUUCCUUCUGUCAUCCCGCUCUCUAGUGAGCAUGUGAAUGAUGAAGGGAUUUAUCUUCUUGAAAAUGGGGAGGAUGCCUUGGUCUAUGUUGGGAAUUCUGUGGAUCCUAGUAUUUUACAAUCUGUGUUUGGUACAACCUCAAUUGAUGAAGUACCAAUUCAGUUUGUGUUGCAGCAAUUUGAUAAUCCACUAUCCAAGAAGUUAAAUGAGGUAGUAAAUGAGAUAAGACGACAACGGUGUUCCUAUCUCCGCUUCAGGUUGUGCAGGAAAGGCGAUGCUUUAGGAAUGUUGUUCUUCUCAUAUAUGGUGGAAGAUAAAAGCCCGAUGGGUCUCUCGUAUGUUGAGUUUUUGGUCCAUAUCCAUCGACAGAUUCAAGGUAAAAUGACUUGAGAAUAAUUAUGUAACCGUUUUUUAACAAGUAUAGGGAAUUACAGAAUUAGCUAGUGACCAUGGAUUUAAAUGGUUAUACAAACCAAAUUAUCGCUUUGAAUUGAGGUAUCAUAGAUCUUUUCUCAAUAUGAAUUUUGAAUAACUAUUUUUCCCUUUUUUGUAA